AUGACCACCAACGUCCCCGUGCCUCGCCCGUCCUAUUCCCAGGCGAGGGAGCGUCUGGUGAGGGCCAUCCCCCCGAAGAUCAUCUGCCUGCUGGCCUGCGGCGGCCGAGAGUGCCGCUACGAGGGGCCCGUCUGCUGGAAGCAAAGCCAGCAAGUCAUCAAGGGCCUCUUCUCCUCAUGGGUGACAGAGGACAUUGUUGCCAUGGCGAGGCCAUCUACUCACCUCAUUAUGAAGUACAACAUCAUAGACCAGUUUCAGGACCUGAACAUCAAGUCCCUCAUCAACAUGCAGUUACCAGGGGAACACGCCCACUGUGGGCCAGGCCUAGAACUUAGUGGCUUCACCUACUCACCUCAGACCUUCAUGGACAACCAGAUCUACUUCUACAACUUUGGCAUGCCGGACUUCGGGGUGUCGUCUCUGGUGGGGAUGCUGGACGCGGUGAAGGUCCUAGCGUUUGCUGUGAGGGAGGGGAAGGUGGCUGUGCAUUGCCACGCUGGACUCGGCCGGACAGGCGUGCUGAUCGCGUGCUACCUGGUGUACACCCUGCACAUCAGCGCCAGCGAGGCGGUGCACUACGUGCGCAUCAAGCGUCCGCGCUCCAUCCAGACGCGCUCCCAGAUCAGCCUGGUGUUCGACUUCGCCCGCCUCCUGGGCAGCCAGCUGCUGCAGUACCCGUGCCUGACACUGCGCCACGGCAACCCCUUCAGCCUGGGCCAGUACCUGCAGCGCCAGGGGCUGCUGCUCCACGGCCAGGAGGCCCGGCUCCUCGCGCACACGCCCAAGAUCCUGCACCUGCUCUGCUGCCAGCUCACCGCCAUCGCCCUGGGCAACGAGAGCCCUGAUGAGGUGCAGGAGGAGCUGGACAGGCGGACGCUCAUCUUGUCUCUCCAGCGGACGGUGAAGGACACGCUGGUGAAGAAGAAGUUCCUGCCGCUGCUGCUGGACGAGAGGGGCCUGCGGCGCUCGUCCUCCACGGGCUCCGUGACCUCGUGGGACGAGCCCUUCGGCUUCCUGCAGAGGAAGAGGGAGGUGCUGGUCAACAAGCGCUGCUACAGCGAGGGAGACCUGUACAAGAUCACCCUGGAGGAUGAAGACUUCGUCUGGUUGGUGGACAAUCAGCGAGACAACCUCGAGCUCAUGUGUGACCUGCAGGACAUGAAGACUCCAGUCCCACCCCCACCCCUCAAUGCACUGACCAAGGAGCAGUGGAACCAGGAAGUGGAGAGACUGGCCGCGUAUCGGCCCUACACUCCAAUGCUGUAUAACGGCGUCAUUGCAAAGAGGCCCAAAUGCAAGAUGAAGAAACCCCCCACUCUGUCCAAGCACAACUCCACCAAGGAGCUGCCGAGGAAUCAGCGGAAAAACAACCAGGCGUCCAUAGCGAGGGCGGUUGCCCGGGCGAUGGCGCGACAGCAGCUUCCCGAGGACACAGUGCUCGCCAGAGUGGUCGUGUUGCAGGAUGAACUCAACAAGAAUGUGUGCGGCUGGGCUACCGUUGCCAUAGAAACCGACCCUAAAGUACUCGUCCAUCUCCUGUGGACCUGGUUAGAACGCCUCAAGGAGCCUGUUCUGAGUGCAAGAGAUGUAAAGGAGUUGAUUUCGCACCAGACAAAUCAGAACCCCCUUAAAUUCUUACAGAAGAGCCAGCGCUCCACCAUCUCUUGCCUACUGCGCUGCAUCGCUCAGGUCACCAGCCUGUGUCCAAAGCAGGAGGACAGCGUGCUACAUCAUCUUGUGAGAACUCUAACCAGGCACCCUCCUCAGGAGAUUGACAACUCUGGGAAGUUGCUCCAGAUACUCAAGAACUCGAUGAGAGAACAGCUCCUGGUCAAGACUCUUCACUACAACACACACUCACAUACCGGGGCAGAUACACUCACCAACACACAUGGUCCAUCAAAGUCAUAG